AAAAAAAAACAAAAAACAACAUCAAAUCAUAGAUGUAAAAAAAUUACAAGGUCAUAGGUUAUUAGACGGGCAGCCUCUUUGUGGCGUUGGGUUGAGAUGCACUUUCUGAAGCUAAAGAGCGAGACCAGGAUUUCAACCUAUUGGAUAAAUUAUAUACAAGGAUGAGGUUACAUGGAGGCCAGUCGAUGUUUGUCCACAGUGUAAUGUAAUUGGAUGUCUUCCCUUGCUGCAUCCUACAUAUAAUCGUAGUGGAGAGUCUUUCGACGAUUGAUUUAUUAUAGAAUUACCCAAGUAUAAUAAAGUAGUCCAUCCUGAAACCAGGUACCUUCGGUGGAUAAUGACGAGAUGACAAACAGAAGAAAACAAUUAUCAUUUAUUUUGGUUUAUGCAGUGCUGCAGCUUCUAGUGGGUUCCGGACAUGCGCAGUACACAACGACCCUGGAAGUCAAUCUCCUGUCUGAACUAUACAAUAGCAACUACUCCUCUUUGGUGCGGCCUUCAGCUACCGUCAUGGUCCGGACAAGUUUUGUGUUGUAUACCAUCAACGACUUGAGCAUAGUGGAUCAAACCCUGUCUAUUUCUGGAAUGCUGUCGAUGAAGUGGUUCGAUAAGCGACUGGCCUGGGACCAUUUACCCGACUAUCAACAUGUUCAGUUUAUUUUUGACACGGAUGAGAAUACGUGGACACCAGCGGUAUUUGUGGAAAACUCUGUGGAAGAUUUGUCAGUACUGAACGAUUCCAACAUGCCGAUGAGAAUCACUCCAAACGGAGAGAUACUGCGGGAUACAUCCGGGAUCUUCAAGGUGUCAUGUGAGUGUGAUAUCACGUACUACCCUCUGGACAAGCAAGUCUGUUUUAUGAAGAUAACUACCGGCGGCUACACCCAAGGGGAAAUCGACCUUGAGUUUGACCCCGAAGCCGUUGACCUUUCUGAUUACGUCAUCAACGGAGAAUGGAAGAUUGUUGCCGUAAGCGGCUCAUCCACUUCUGGGCAACAAAUGGCGAAGACGAGAAAGGGGCUCAAGUUCGCUAGUCUCAGCUUCAGAAUCGAGCUGAAAAGGCGCCAUUUGUUUCACAUCCUUAACACGGUGUUUCCAGUGUUCUUGGUGGGCAUGUUGAUUCCUUUCGUGUACCAGCUGAAAGAGGUGUCAGACAGGAUUGCCUACUCGCUGACCGUGCUUUUGUCUUACGCUGUGUAUCUGAGUAUGAUCGCCGCAAACGUACCGAGUACGUCUGUGUCUGUCUGCUAUUUAUCGGUAUACUUGGUGGCUAUUUUCACGGCAUCCACAUUUUCCAUCGUGUUCGUGAUUUGGAUCGCCAAAAUCGCCGACUACGAGAGUAACAUGUCUCCCUGUACCAAAUCAAUUGCUUCUUGGUUAGCAAGGAUCCCAUGCUGCGGUAAAAACCUCAAGUCCUGUUGCCGUCGCAAGCGCAGUGUCAGCAUUUCAGCCGCAAAAGGAGAAGAAUUACGAGAAAAUGGUCGAUUCUCUAGAAAUAACAGUCGGGUGGAUUCGGACCCGAGUCCAGAUGAUGACGCUGGUGCUGUUUGUGGUGGUGACGUCAUAACAUGGCAGGACUUUGCGAGUUCCCUGGAUCAAAUUUUAUUUGUUUUCUUUUUUAUUUUCAUUGCCGUUUCUUCUUUGGUCCUUUUCAUAUUUUGGGGAUUGGAAUACGAGCGUAACAAUUGAGAGAAAGUUUCAAACAAUUCUGCAUAUUUCUAUAUGAUCGAGUACAAGUUGCUUGAGCUCACUUACCGUGCAUAUCAUAAACCUGUACUUAGAUACUACCUCUAUUUGGUUUUAAUAUUUUGUUCACGUUUUGUUAUUUUUAUGACAAUAAAAAUCAGACGGGAAAUACAUAUACGAGGGCAGAUCUAUCACUAUAUAUCGAAUAAAUUUACAGAAUACAUAUGUAUAAUUGUUUAUUUUAUUAUUUUGAUUUGCCUUUAAAUCAAAUCAAUAAUCUUAUACACCAUCUUUCAUAUUAGCAAACGUAGAUGAACUUGUCCAUGCAUUUACAUGUAGAAUACGCAUAUGGUAUAUUGUGUUGGUCGAUACUUUCUUUGGAUGCUAGUACAAUGAUAAUUAUAUCACUUUGUGUAUUUUUAAGCUAUUGUGCAUGUUAAUACAAAUUGUGUAAUAAAAUUUGAUAUAAUAUUAAUUUA